AUGGAGGAGGCCGAGGCGCCCCGCGGAGCUGCAGGCAUUUACCCAGUGGAUAUUUUGGAAGAUGAUCCCGAAGGGCAUCGGGAAGCAGCUCUGGCUUACUAUGCCUCGCUUUGGGGAGAAGCGCGGCCCUCAGCAGAGGUUUUCUGUCUUCCCACUGGGGAGCAGGUAAAACUUGAAGCUUCGUCUGUUUGCUUUUGCACUGUGCACCGUGAUGAACCUCAGCAUAAAAUAUUGGUCUUGGUUAACCCCCAGGACACAAAGACAGUUGUGGCUGUUUACAUAAAGGAGUCCUGGUGGACCACAGAAGAUGUACUGAGAACCUCUGAUCCUGCAAGACAAGGUCUGAUGAAGGUUCAGUCAUUUGGAGAAAGGAUUGUGCUUUUCAUUCUAAACGUCGUUAUUUUUGGAAGAUUGGAGAGAAAUUUGGAUGAUGAUGACAUGUUUUUUUUACCUCAUUCUGUGAAGGAGCAAGCUAAAAUUCUGUGGAGGGAUGGAGCAGCUGUUGGAUUUUACACAACCAAAAUGAAAGGCAGCCUCUGUGGCAGUGGCACAGGUGUGUGCUACCUGCUGCCUGUCUUCGACACCGUGUUUGUCAGGAGGAGAUACCGUCGCCAAGGCCUGGGCAUGGCCAUGCUGCAGGACUUCUGUGAGACGUUCCGAGAGGAAAAGGCCCUGGGGGUCAGCUGCCCUAUUUCACCUGCCAUGUACCAAGUCUGCAGGAAGUUCCUGUCGGCCCGGCCGGAGGAGCAGGGGCGCCUGUGGGAGGUGGAGCCCCCAGGAGCCUGGGGCCAGCGAGGCAACAUCUGGCGGAAGGUUCAGCUUCAACAGUCAAGACUUUCCGAGUCUCAUCCGGGAAAUUCCAAGGAGGAUGUGAGUGGUCGCGGGCGGACUUCUCAAGAUGGGACACCCAGACAGUCCACACUGGGGAAGGCAGUGAGGACAGGAUCAGUGGAGAAGAACUGGAAGAAACACAGAAUGAUCCAGACUGUGGAGUGACAGAAGAAGCAGGGCGACUUGGGGGAGCCUGUGGGGCCGAGCUGGAGGGGGAGGAUGCCAAGAGGACAGUG